GGUGAGAGGGACCGGCCGUGCAGCAAAUCCUUAGGAGAAGAUGACUGUGUUCUUUAAAACACUUCGAAAUCAUUGGAAGAAAACUACAGCUGGGAUCUGCCUGCUGACGUGGGGAGGUCAUUGGCUCUAUGGAAAACACUGUGAUAACCUACUAAGGAGAGCAGCCUGUCAAGAAGCUCAGGUGUUUGGCAAUCAACUCAUUCCUCCUAAUGCACAAGUGAAGGCGGCAACUGUCUUUCUGAAUCCUGCAGCUUGCAAAGGUAAAGCCAGGACUCUAUUUGAAAAAAAUGCUGCCCCAAUUUUACACUUAUCAGGCAUGGAUGUGACUGUCGUUAAGACAGAUUAUGAGGGCCAAGCCAAGAAACUGCUGGAAUUGAUGGAAAACACAGAUGUUAUCAUUGUUGCCGGAGGAGAUGGGACAUUGCAGGAGGUUGUUACUGGAGUUCUUCGAAGAACAGAUGAGGCUACCUUCAGUAAGAUUCCCAUUGGAUUUAUCCCACUGGGACAGACCAGUAGUUUAAGUCAUACCCUCUUUGCUGAAAGUGGAAACAAAGUCCAACAUAUUACAGAUGCUACACUUGCCAUUGUUAAAGGAGAGACAAUACCACUUGAUGUCUUGCAGAUCAAGGGUGAAAAGGAACAACCUGUGUUUGCAAUGACUGGCCUUCGAUGGGGAUCCUUCAGAGAUGCUGGCAUCAAAGUUAGCAAGUACUGGUAUCUUGGGCCUCUGAAAACCAAAGCAGCCCACUUUUUCAGCACUCUUCAGGAGUGGCCUCAGAUUCAUCAAGCCGCUAUCUCGUACACCGGACCUACAGAGAGACCAUCCAGUGAGCCCGAAGGGACACCUCCUCGGCCUUCGUUGUACAGGAGAAUAUUGCGAAGGCUUGUGUUAUCCUGGGCACAACCACAGGAUGCCCUCUCCAAAGAGGUGAACCCGGAGGUCUGGAAAGAUGUGCAGCUGUCCACCAUUGAACUGUCCAUCACAACCCGGAACAGUCAGCUUGAGUUGACAAGCACAGAAGAUUUUAUGAACAUCUGCAUUGAACCCAACACAGUGAGCAAAGGAGACUUUAUAACUAUAGGAAGUAAAAAGAUGAGAGACCCCAAGCUGUGUCUUCAUGGUACCGAGUGUCUCCAAGCCAGCAAGUGCACUUUGCUUCUUCCUGAGGGAGAGGGGGGCUCUUUUAGCAUUGACAGUGAGGAGUAUGAAGCAAUGCCUGUGGAGGUGAAACUGCUCCCCAGGAAACUCCAGUUCUUCUGUGAUCCCAGGAAGAGAGAGCAGAUGCUGCAGAGCACCGCCCCAUGAGAGAACAGAAGCGGUGCGCUCUGAGGUUGCACUUCAGGCUACCAAUGGGACCAAAAGGGAACAAACGCCUGGACUAUGCUAACAGUGUUUUCAGAAUAUCCCUGGGGCAUGCAUUUCCAUGGCAAGUAUCCUGCUACUCUUUCUUGAGCAGUGCUUCCCAGGGUGUGCUCUGUGCCACCUGCUUUGUUAUCAGCUUUCUGUUAGUGCAUGCUUUUAUUUUGACGUGACAGUUGAGCCCCCUUAAAUAUUGAUUUUCCUCAGGCUAGUUCAAAGAGUUCUGACAGUCAGUUAUGGAAAAGGGUUAGACCUUUGUUAUCCCCCAAAAGUACAACCACAGUUGAAACAGGAUCCUUAAAUUGUAUAAGCUCUUCCAUUCCUGUUCUGUUCUCUGGCCACCCCAGGAAUUCCAAGAGAAGUGCCUGCCUUCCCCUGGUACCUUUUCCUGUUUCUCAGCUCCCAUGGGUGCUGCUACUUUGUGAGACCAGAUUCUUAUUUAGCUCUUGUUUCAGUUCUAUCCCCAAACUAAAAAUGGAUGAAAGGUGGUUGUCUCCUACUUGCCAUGACUGAAAAUAGUUUUAAUUAGUUUUUAAAGAAGUGAAUCUUAAAUGUUGGAUUGCAUGAAGACUACAUUGGAGAGGAGGUGCAUGUUGAAAACUGACUUAACCGGGUCCCCACCCAAACCUAAUAAUCAGGAAUGGGGCCAAGGAAUAUGCAUAUUUUAAAACAGCCACUCCCCUACCCCACAGGUGAUUCUGCAAUGGUGGUCCUCAGUCUUACUUGAAGAAGUGGUCCACAAACUGUUCUGCUCGUGUACCCCUCACCCCUAUAAAAGUAAUUUGAAAAAUUAUGUAUUCCCUUAUUUAAGUUGACAGAAAAUUUUUCAUGGUAAGUUAAAUGGUUGCCAAAGAAUGUACUUUCUGGUGUCAUGUAAAUAUUUGCAUUUAAAAAUGAAAUUAUUAUACAUCAUUCUCUUAAAUACAUCUAAUGUAAUUUAAAUACCAUAGCAAUUUGACACCCCAUUAUCCAUUUGAAGAAAUAAGUUCUUUAGUAGUUAAAAAUUUUAAAUUGGCUUUUCUCCUUGUAUAUGUAUUUCCAUACCACUUUCAGCAAAGAAUGUUAUAAUGUAAUAUAUUUUGAUGCUUGAAGUUUUUUUAAUUGAUCGUCCUAUCAUCUCACCAACAAAUAAUAUGCAGCAAUAAAUUUUUAGUUCUUGCUUUAAAUGUUAACUCAG